GCAGACAAGGACAGUGAAGCGCACAAACGAACUGCUGACUCUCAACUAACAGAUGAUAACGUGCUCUUUUCUGCCUGAACAGUGGACUAGAAAUAUCUGCCAUGCCUCUCUAACUCCGCAGCUUAUCUGAACUUAUCUGUUCAACACUCAUAAUGUGCGCACACAAAUAACUCCUCUGCCGAAAUAACUAUCCUAGUGUCCCGUACAUCGUAAGUCCCGUCAUUGCGCAUGUCCGAACACUACUUGAAUUUUUUACACUUACGACCACAUGUCUAAUCGUUUGGUCGAUUCCGAAUUAUUCGUAAAACAUGUCAAGACAUUUGGCCUUCCUUCCACAAGGAUCGAUAAGGUUGAAUAGAAUGAAUGAGGCAAAACGCUUCGUCUUCAAAGCCUGCGACAGAAUGGCUGGAGGGAAGACGUACCGCCCUGGUCGUAGACUAUGUGCAGAGUCACUGUCCAUAUGUACCGCCAUCGUAUGCGCUAUUGGCUUCUUGUAUCAGAUGUCAAGUAUCAUGAGCGUGUAUUUUCAGUACAAUUUCAGCGUUACGAUGGAGGAAAGGUAUAGGUCGAGCAUAGUCUUCCCGGCAGUGACGGUUUGCGUGGAUGGCUGGAUGGAUAGAGAAACGCUCUGCCGGCUACGCCCAGGGAAAUGCACAAAGAAUGACUUGGUACUCGCUCCAGGAUUAUACAUAGUACAGACCGACUCCAACUUACGACGCAGCGUUACAUUCGAACCUCAGGCUCUACUUUCCUGUCAGCUGACCUUCGGAGAUUCGAACUGCCCUCCAGAGAACUGCACCGACGGCUUUGCGACAACGUAUUACAGACAGCCAUCCCAACAAUGUUACACGGUCGAUAUCAACCGGUGGCUGGGAGAAAACCACACCGCUCACCAGUGCUCCAGACAGUCAAAAUGGGAACUGGAAGUACGGUACAGUUGGGAUCCGAAGAAAACUCUCCUUCUACUGCCUAUGUGGGUGUACCCGUUAGUUGUGCAUGCAACGGGAAUGUGCCCUCCUGAUAAACUAGCUAGUGUGAUGUUGCAGCCUGGAAAAAUUAUGGAAGUCACCGUUAAACAGCUUCGGACACACCGCCUGCCGGCCCCGUACAAGAGCAUGUGCACCAAUUACCGAGUGAUGGGGACAUUCCACGAGUUUCGAGGGUACCUAAACCUCGAUCUCUGCAUCCAGAAAUGCAGCAUGGAGCUUGAAGUGAAACACUGUGGCUGUAUCCUCACGACGUACGAGUUCACAGCACUCUAUCCUGCGCCCACGUGUGAAUUCACCAUAGCCGACCACUGCAAAAGCAGCCUGACAAAGAAUGGUACCUAUUUGUGGUGCAAGAAAAUAUGUGGCCUACCUUGCGAGCAGCUUCACUAUGACGUGCGAGUAGCCAGUAUCUCGGACGAAAAGGGUACAAGACAAGAAAUUAGGUCGAAGUUUACGUUGAAACUUAAGUACCGUUCCGAGACUGAAGAGUUAGUGCUGUACCAUCCGUCACUUACGGUUAAUGAGCUUCUGGCAUACAUAGGAGCUUACUUCGGUAUCUGGUUGGGCAUGUCUGUAGCAUCGCUUGUCUUGAAUCUCGAGAAAUGGGUGCGGAGACACAAGACAACAGUCGAGGAUAUAAUGAUGUGGCUCGAACGGAGGCACCACAGGUUCAUGAUGAACAGAAUUAAAAGAUGGCCAAUGCACCGCAUCAUUAUUCAAUGAAAAGGUGCUGCAGCACGCUCCUGAUUAAGUGAGAUGAUGUACGGCAAGUUGUGAAUGCACACCUCGCCCGCAAGUAGACGAAAUGAUAAAAUGCAAAGAGCAAAGACCGGCAUUACGGCACAUCGCAAGGACAACAAAGCUGGGACUCCGUAGUUUGUAAUUCAGGAACGUUUCACGUUCUGCACGUGAAAUGUCGGUUGUUCUUCGAAAACGCACUCACCUGCUGUCAUAUACGUUUUGCUGAAAGGGCCACGAAAGCUCCGGAAAUGUUCACAUAAACAUUUUUUGUCUGGUGCUGCCGACAGUUCUGAGCCGCGUUUCUGGAUUCUGUCCGGUAAAAGCUUUACAGAACACUCGCUCAGAAUAUGUAAAUGACGCUCUGGCAGAAUGCCUCACUAACUUAAAACUUCGUAAUGCAGCGAAAACAAUUAAGUGGGCAACUGUCAACGUAACCCCCACACCGCAACACUUUGAACCACGUGGCAUGUAGUUUGUAAACAUUGUUGACGAUGUCGAUUCGCAGACGCGUCGGCAAAGAGGGCGGAGACGACACACAACGUAAACUGCAGAAGCUGAAACGACAACCGAGACAAACACAACGACCGGUAAAAUAGACAACGAGAUCUGGUCGAGGCAGACCACACUUAGGGACGACACAAACAUGUAAGCCUCAUACGCCCGGAAUCAUCGAAAUGCAACAACUCAGGGAAAAGAGGCGCCUGCGUCCUCGCGUCCUGCGUUCCUGGCGUCAGCGCCUCUUUUCCCUGAGGUGUUGCAUUUCGACCGGUAAAAACCCACAAAAACACUGUUGCCCACUUAGUAUUGAAAUGCACUAUUUUCAUCCCAGGAAAAAAAAUAAAAGAAUGGGAAAUGGC